AACAGCAAAACACAGCAAAUCCAACCUGCCAAUAUGUUCAAGAGCGCGCUAAUCAUUUCCAUGUUCCUGGUGGCCGUCAUCCGAGCUGCCGAUGAGUCACAGGCCGAGAUCACCAAGUACCGCAAUGAGAUCAAGGAGGAUGGCAGCUACAGCUGGGAGUACGGCACCUCUAAUGGCAUCGAUGCCCAGGAGAGUGGAGUGGGCGGUGUGAAUGCAGCGGGUUCGGUCAAGUACACAGCUCCCGAUGGAACACCCAUCGAGCUGGAGUACACCGCCGAUGAGAACGGAUACCAGCCGAGGGGUGCCCAUUUGCCCACGCCUCCUCCCAUUCCCGACUACAUCCUCAAGGCUUUGGCUUACAUCGAGGCCCAUCCCUUCACCAGGAUCCAGCUGAAGAAGUAGAUUCUAAUUACUUUUAAAUUUAGAUGUAAUUUAGCCAAAUUUUUCUACACAAAAUAUAAAAUCUAAGUAAUCAA